UCCAUAGAGCGAUCAUAUCUGAGAUAAUUUUGUAAGUCGCAGGUUGUACAUUCUGUCCUCUGAAAAGAAGUAUUGUGUGUGGUUCCUGUCUUUUGAAGUGCACUUUUUGUUAGAAUAAGUACAUAAUUCAGUUGAACUGAAAAUGCGAGAGGUCAUCUCGAUUCAUGUCGGUCAAGCCGGUUGUCAGAUUGGAAAUGCCUGUUGGCCGUUGUUUGCGCGUGAGCAUGGCGUUCUAUCUGAUGGAAAAUUGGGCCCCGACUGUCACGUUGACGAAAAUAUGACCACAUUUUUUCAUGACGCAAAAUCAGGACGAGUCGUACCGCGUAAUUUGUUUCUGGAUUUGGAGCAAUCGGUAAUCGACGAGAUCAAAGUAGGGCCCUACCGACAUCUAUAUAACCCAUUCCACAUGAUCGCCGGUAAAGAAGACGCUGCAAAUAAUUACGCAAGAGGACACUACACCGUCGGUCGUCAGAUCAUCGAACAUGCCUCGAACUCGAUACAGAAGCUUUCGGAGCAAUGCGAUGGGUUGCAAGGAUUUUUGAUUUUUCGAUCGUUUGGUGGAGGGACAGGAUCUGGAUUAUCCUCUCUACUGAUGCAGCAGAUUACCAUGGAUUUUGGGAAGAAAUCCAAGCUCGAAUUUGCAGUAUACCCUGCCCCAAGGAUCUCAACGGCUGUCGUGGAACCUUACAAUAGUGUUUUGACCGCUCAUACGACUAUGGAAUCUUCAGACUGUUGUUUCAUGAUGGACAAUGAGGCAGCAUAUGACAUAUGUUCGAAUAAUCUCCAGAUCGGUAGACCUGAUUACGGUAAUUUGAACGCAUUGGUAGCACAAGUUGUUUCUUCCGUGACUGCCUCAUUGCGCUUCAAGGGAACAAUGAACGUUGAUAUUAACGAGUUCCAAACGAAUCUGGUUCCUUAUCCACGGGUGCACUUCCCGUUGGUGUCAUAUGCCCCCCUACUUUCAGCAUCUAAGGCAAAUCACGAGCUGUCAUCGGUGUCCGAAAUUACCACUGCUGCUUUCAGCCAAGAGAACACAAUGGUUAAAUGUGACCCUAGAACCGGCAAAUACAUGGCAUGUUGUCUACUUUACCGAGGUGAUGUCGUUCCAAACGAUGUUAACAACGCUAUCAAUACAAUCAAGAACAAACGACACAUAACUUUUGUCGACUGGUGCCCAACCGGAUUCAAAAUCGGGGUUAAUCAGCAAACUCCGUAUAUACUGCCCGGCGCAGGCCUAGCUAAACCCAAAAGAGCUGUUUGUCUGCUGUCCAACUCGACUGCAAUUGCCAGUGCAUGGGCACGACUGAAUCAAAAAUUUGAUCUAAUGUACAGGAAGCGCGCAUUCGUCCACUGGUACGUCGGCGAGGGCAUGGAAGAGGGAGAAUUUAACGAGGCUCGAGAGGACCUGGCUGCUCUGGAAAAGGACUAUGAUGAAGUGGCAGGCGCUACUGCCGGUGACGACGACGACGACGAGUUUUGCGAAUACGAGUAUUAACUUUUUAAUGAUUUGAUUAAGGCUGACCGUUAUUAAUAGAAAAAAAAUAA